AUGCGCCCUCUCUCCCUGCUGUUUGUCGCGGCGGUGGGGGCCUCCCUCGUCUCGGCGGCCGACGUGCUCGUCCUCGGCAAGUCGACUGCUCCUCUGUGGCACAAGACGCGCUCUUCGUCCUCCUUUUCCGGCGCUGGAUUGACCAACUUAGCGCUCCACGCGCUGGGGCUCCCCAGUGGUCGGCACGUUCCGUCCAGUUCUGCUGCCCUGAGCCCGCUACAGGCGGAUCUCUUCACGCACAGUGAAGUGUACGCUAUGCUGCUGCUGGACGGACUAUCGACAGCGAGUUUGGAGGCCAUUGACGCCGCUUUGCACGAUGUUGAUGCGUUCCACGACGUGUAUCCAGUGGAAGACAGUCCCAUGAUGGUGCCAGUGACUGUAGCCAACUCAUUCCACGCCAAGUACCCUCAAGCAGUCUAUUGUGCUGGCACGCAAGCCCUUUGCAGCAGUGUCGGGGUCCAGGCCGCUUCUGAAGUUGCAACAGUCGUGCAGCAGGUGCUCGCAGCCAACAGCUUUUUGAGCCCUCGCGACGACGCAGACGUGGCGUUUGCCACGCAAGUCGCACAGGUGAUGCAGCUUACCGCGGACAUGAAGCAGCACAAGGACGGAAAGAUGCUGUACGUUGUGGGACUCUCGAGUCUGCAGGGACACAAACAGGAGCUUGCGGAACAGCUCGUGACGGCCACGGUGACGGAGUUUCUGGAUCAGUUGAUGAAAAAGGAGCUACCGGUGGCAGCUCAAGUCAUGACAGGCAGUCUCCCGGAUGUCAUGUCCCAAGUGACGGCGGUUUCGCGUCGUGCACGGACCCGAAGGUUGGUGUCGCACAAGGCGAAAAAGAAAGAAGAGAGUGAGGAGAGCGAGAGUGGUGCUGACGACAACGAAGAAGACGACGCGGCAAGUGGCAGUGUGGGGGAAGACGAUGCGAACGCCACUCUUGCUUCCAACUCCAGUGCACCCGGAGCCGUGUCGAUGCCCGAUAUCGCGCAUUACCAGAUCAUCCUAUGGACGUCGAUAUUGCUGGGCGCUAUGCUGCUUAUGUCGGUGCUAGCAAUGGCCAACAUGGACGCUGGCCGCGACAGCCUUCUUUACGCCAAGUUUAUUGCCGACGUGAAUGGCCGCAAGACUAACUAG